GACCUAUAUUAUAUAUAUAUGAUCUAUAUUUAUAAACAUGCUAAAAAACCCCGACUAUAUUCAAACUAUAUUGUCACUAGUCUAUAUUUGACAUCUAGAUCUAGUUAUGUUGCAAUAUAGUCUACAGUCAUACAUCAAAUACAUGAUUACACAUCGACUUCUGAACAAGUGAAUAAAAACUAUGAUGUUUUGUAACAACAGAUUUCACUAUGACUGAACAAGUGAAUAAGAACGAUGAUGUGCAGUAGCAACAGAUUUCACUAUUACUGUAAAAUUGCUUAAAUUAAAAUUGUGAGAAGAUGCUCUAGGUCAGAUGGAUUUCUCAAGCUUAUUUUCUAGUCUAAAAAAACAGCUGUCAGCCCAGCCUAGCCCCAAUGUAACAAUUGUGAGAGAGAAAGUGCAACACCUUCAAUCCCCUGGCCAGAUUUCUGAAGUGAAAUGUCCAGGUGACACUGAUGAGGGAUACUUGCUUGUCAAUGAAGAACUUGACCUUGUUGAGCUACCUCACAUUUCAUCUGUUUCACAAAGUCCACCAGAAGUGAUUCCUGAGGCUCUGACUGUACAAGAAACCCACAUCCCUAACCAGAGAAAUGCUAUCAGUGAUGUCCCAUUUCAUCUUCACCAAUCACUUCUCACCCAACAAAAGAUCAACAAGCUGUUUUCAUCUACAGAUCUGACCUACAAACAGUUUGAUUGGUCCAAGUAUUCUGUAAACUUCUAUAAUGAAGAAGCUGUCAUCUCAGGGUUCACACAACAGUAAAUAUAUGUAUUGAAUUUACGUUCCUAUUUUCACAUAAAUUAAAUUGCUUAGCCUCAAUCUGCGAUGUGGUAUGCACUUUGGAUUGUUGUCACAAUGGUACUGAGUUCAAACUUAGCCUGCCACCUUCCCCCGCUGUCCUUCAGGAGAACUGGGCUAGGAUAUAAUAUUUUUGUGAAACUUGUUAAACAUAAUCUGCUGUUCCUGUUGAAUUCAUUUGAUGGAUAUAAAAUAGUGGUGCAGAGCCCUAUAGUUACUUAAAUCUGCUAGUCUUCAAACCCAUCUGUGUAAAGUAUCUUUUGAAAUGAGAAAUUUUAUUGUUUUCAAAUUUAGAGAUUUAGAGAGGGCAUUUAUUUAUAGUUUUGCUGUAAAGUAGAUCAAUAUAUCAAAUUAUUUAUCAUUAAUUUUCAGUGAGUGAUUAUUUGUCUACUAAUCUAAUAAAACAUUAAAUAGAUUAAUUUAUGACACUCUAUUUCUAAGCUUCAUUAAUACUGCUAGUUAAUUUUCUUUUCCAAAUUGCUUUGUGCUUUUCAACAAUACUCAGGAAUGAAAACUUUUAACUGAAUUAGAAUCAUAUAUAUAUGGACAAUAAAGAUUAUUAUUAUUAUUAUAUAUAUAUAUUAUUAAACAUUAAUUUAUCUUUCAUGUUUAAUGGUAUUUUUAUCAAUUUUUUCCUCCCCCCAUAUUUGUCUAGUCAAAACUGCAAGUGAAAAAUAAGAAUCAAUAGUUCAAUAUUAGUAUGGUUGGUUAGUUAAGUUGUUAGAGCCUUGUGCUAAGAACAGGAGUGUUAUGAGCUCCAUCCCCAUACUGGCCAUUUUUUGUUUUUUCUUUUUCAUUGACAAUUAAAUUAUGAAUGUCUACUUUACUUUACUGUUUGAGAAUAAAGUAAAAAUUGGUUUAAAAAAAUUAUAUUACCUCAUUAACUUCUUUAUAGUUUUUUUCUGUUAUUUGUAUAGCCAGGAUAAAUGUUUCCUUUAUUUUAAACAAGCUAGAUAUGACCAGCAGCCUGCGGGUAUUUAGGUAUUAUGGAUCAAUGUCAAACAUGGAGAAUGUUUCCUUCACAUUUUUUUGUAUUUUGCCAUGAAAAUAAAAGUAGAGUGUGAUAAUGUGUUUACCUCUUCAGCCAACAUAUUCAUAUGAAAUAAACAAAUACUGUAAAAACGGGUUUGUUUGUAAAAAAAUUUCGUUAUUUUAUAAAGAUACAAUUAGGUACUUUUUAUCUAUUUUUACCGCCCUCCAGUUGUGGGAGAGACAUUAAACCUACACUACAGAUCGCCAUGAUCUAAGGAACAUUUAUUUCAAGUUUUAUUAAGAUUGGUCAAACAAUUUUUUUAUUUUUAUUCAGGACAUAUAUAUGCCUUAGUUUUUUCUUUAUAUUAUAGAGUGUGCAAUUGUAGACAUUCAAAUACUGAUAACAUGUUUAAGUCAAUCAUUUAUUAUUAGUACUGCUGGUUAUCUAAUUUAUAAAACUUCAUUAUCAUGUUCAUUUAUUUAUAUUCUUUUGCUCCAACACUUUGUAAUUACUUGUAAAAAGCUUUAAGGAAGAUUUUGCUACAAUUUUUUUUUUAUUGUUUUUUAUUUAGUUUUGGCUAUUGUAGCGCUAAAAUUAAUUAUAUAUAUUAGUAAAUGGUACAUUAUAACAAAAUAAGCAUAUUUUUAAAAUGCUGAUAUAGAAGCAGAAAAAAAGGAGAAGAAAAUGACGCAACUUUUAUUUAUACAAUUUUCUCUAGGAUUAAUUACAAUUGUUAACAAUUAUUUUUACAUUAUCUUUCUGCCAGUAUUAGAUACUAUUGUGAUUGAAUGCAAAUGUCUAUGUUGAUAAUUGUUUCUAUAAAUAUCUUUACUGUUUUAUCAAAUCAUAUUUGCUAGUAUACAAAUGAUUCUUUCAAAGACAUUUAAAUUUGUCACAGGUAUUUUAUUGAAAUUGUGAAUGAAUUGCCUUAAGUUAUAAACAUCUGGUCAAUGAUGUCUGUUUCCGAUUCAAGCCAGUCCUAUUAAUAUGGUGAUAUAUGCAUAUGUGAAGUUUAAAAACUUGUUUAUGUUAUACAUUUGAGACUGUACAACUUACUAUAGUGUUGGCUUUAAACAAUACAUAUAAAUUUAUUAUAGUUACAUUACUACUUCAGGAUGGCUGCCUGGUCGUGCGGUUUGUGCGCUGGACUGUCGUUCGGAUUUAUCGACCGUCGAGGGUUCAAACCCUGCCCACUCCCAUCCCCCGUCGUCCUGCGGGAGGUUUGGACUAGGAAGUAAACUAUCUUCAACUCUGAAGGAACAUCCGAAACAUGUAAAACAUUUUACAACAUUUUACUUUUGCAACAAAUCAGUAAGCUAUUCAGUAUUUGUUUUUUUUACUUAUAGCAAUAAAUUAGCAAAAUUCUUUCAAAGAAACAGAUCAUACACUAAGACUGUAGACUUUGAUCUGGAUUUUUCAAAUGCUUUUAUUACUUCCCCCUUAUUUUUUUGCAUAAGGAUUAAUUCUGUUGCUGAACAAAAAACGCCAUAAUUUUGUUAUUGCUUGCUAUUUAUACACUGCAUAUGGUAUGUGAAAUAAAAUAAAACAAAUGAAA